AUGUUUUAUUCAGAACCUGAUAUAAUGCUUAAUUCAAUACAACGUGGCAGACAAUUUAUAAGAUCCGUAAAAUUUUCAUCAUCUGGAUCUGUAAUCCAAGAAAAUCUUCUUUCAUACAGUGAAUACGCACAGCUCGAAGAAUUUUCGUUGUCUGAAUCUAAAUUGAUAGCUCAUGAAUCUCUCAAAUUAAAAACUGAUGAAUUUCUCAAAUAUGUAACGCAAUACACCCUUCCGUUGCCGCAUGGUGGAGAAAUUAUAUUCGAAAAUUUAACCAUUUUAACUGAUAAUUAUAAUUAUAGUUCACUCAAAGUGCUCAAAGUGGAAGACUCUAAUCUUAGCUCAUCCAAAAUAUUAUUUAAUGAAACAUACGUGAUGUUAUUUGAUUAUGGUGUUUUUAAGAAUAACACCCUAUGGUUUACAUGUGGUAAUAAUACACGUGAUAGUAAACUUAUCAUGAUUGAUGUGGAACGGAAUUAUAAUGAUUGUGAGUAUUAA